AUGGCCUGGCAGUCUCUAUCUGGUUUGGGUGGUGGUGGUGGAGGUCAAAAUAAUGGAGGUGGUAAUGUUGGUGAUGGAGGAAAUCAAACAAAUCAGCCGCAAGGCACAGAAUAUACUCUGCAAGGUGUAAUGCGAUUCUUACAAACUGAAUGGCAUCGACACGAGAGAGAUCGAAAUGCGUGGGAGAUCGAAAGACAGGAAAUGAAAAGUAGGAUAGCGAAGUUAGAGGGGCACACUAGAAAACUUGAAGGGUCGAAUGAUAGCUUGAAGAAAUUCCUUACCAUGUUAGAGAGGGCAGCCAAGGAACGAGAAGCACAAUUAAAGGCGAUCAAAUCUGGUGCCACGGCUCCAGUGUCGGGAAAGAAGGAGAAUAAGGAUAAGGAUCCACGUCCAGCUGGAAGAGAGGCACAUAACUCAUUUCUCGAAGUUGAAGGGGAGAACGACGCGAAAAAAGCAAUUCAAUCCGAAAAAUCUGGCAUGAAAGAUUUCAUGGAUAAAUCUCAAGGAGAACUCACUUACCUCUUGGUAUCACCACCAAAUCCUUUGCCACCUCGAGAAGCUCCUCCACCACCUGAAGAGAUUCUACCCUUUGGAGUCAAUCAAGCUCAACAGCAAAACCUCGACGAUAUGCAGCAGCUUUACUCUAGAUCCAAGCCUAUGAGAAUACCAGAACUAUCACGACCUCCCCCAGCGCCUUCUCCGACACCUAACCAUAAUCCACCACCAGUUCCAGCCCCAACUAAACUUUCGGUUCAAAACCCUGAUAAUCCAGCGCCAAGAUUUUUAGCAGAUCAACAACCUUUACCACAACCUACUCAACCAGAAUGGUCUUCGCAAUUUAGAUCUCCUGAGAAAGCUCAGGUUUCAGAAGAACCUUUGACGAAACUUAACCAUUCUUACGAUUCUUAUGGACGACCCGUUGAGACAGGUGAAACAGUACAGAAGUCAGCUUCGGAUUCUGAUGGAUGGGACUUUAAUGAACCAGCUCAGUUUACCGAACAAGAAAUAAAGAUUUCGACCCAAAGACCAGAUACCGAUGUAUUCCCACCAGCGCAAGAUCCACCAAAAUCACCCAUUCGUGGUCCAGGCUCACAUCGGAGGAAAACAUCUUUAUCACGGAGAAAGAGUGGCGAACAUGAACUUUCAUUGAACCCAACACAAAGACCAGAUAGUGGUAGCUUCAAGGUUCGAUUCGGUCUUAGGGGCCAUCUAGAUGCAGUUCGCUCAGUUAUAUUUACUGGAGGUGGAAGCCCCGGAGAACCAGAGUUAUGUACAUCAGGCGACGAUGGUACUAUCAAAAGAUGGAUUAUACCCGCUCGUUAUGAAGACCAGGGUACAUUUCAUGUUAGCGCCAAUGAUUUGGAUAUUCAAAGUUACUUUACUCAUCGUGGUCAUGCCGGAGCUGUCAUGUGCUUAACCGCUUGGUCUCCAUCGCAAAACUUUGCUAGUGGUGGACGUGCUCAAGGUGAUGGAUGGAUAUUUUCCGGUGGCCAAGACGCUACUGUAAGAGUAUGGGAGAGAGGUCGAGUAGAUCCCAAGGCAACCCUCGAUGGUCAUACAGAUGCAGUAUGGACAGUAUGUGUACUUCCCGGUACAACUGGAACCAUAUUUGGUCAAAAUAAUGCUUUUGGUGGACCAGAUCGGAUUAUCUUAGCAAGUGGUGCUGCAGAUGGCACUGUUAAAGUAUGGUCUGUUAGCGCACCUCCACAACUCGUAUCACCUUCAGGUGCCGGCAGCCGUAGAGGUGGCCGAGUUCGAGGUAACUCCAUGUCAUCUGGUUCAGCGUUUCCAUCAUCUCCUCAACCAAGCGUCGCCUCAACCUCGCCUUUCCAUUAUACAUUAAUUCAUUCGAUAACCAGGCCUAAUAGCACAGCAUCCCCUACUUGUAUAACACCAUUAGCCACUUCAGGUGAAUCUUUCGUCGUAUCUUAUUCCGAUGCAGCUGUGUUAGUAUACGAUACACGAACUGGUGAGGAGGUUGCUUCCAUGGCAAGUUUGGAAACAUAUAAUGGUACACAAUCAACUGGAGUUAAUGCCAUAGUUGCAACUACUACUGGUCUUGAUAGUUCCUUGAGCUCUGAUUCUAAUCGCGGAAUGUCAGAAGAUGAAAAUGUUGUUGGUGGAGCUACAGGUACGAGUGGUGGUGUUGAAGGUGUCAUAAUCAGUGGACAUGAGGAUCGCUUUAUUAGAUUUUAUGAUGCUAAUAGCGGUCAAUGCACAUACAACAUGCUUGCUCACCCAGCAGCUAUUUCUGCUCUCUCAUUAUCCCCUGAUGGUCAUGAACUUGUCUCGGCCGGUCAUGAUGCUAGUUUACGAUUUUGGUCUUUAGACACACGUAGCUGUACACAAGAAAUGACAAGUCAUCGACUAAUGCGUGGCGAAGGUGUAUGUUCAGUCGUAUGGAGUCAAGAUGGAAGAUGGAUCGUUAGUGGUGGAGGUGAUGGCGUCGUAAAGGUUUUUGCCCGCUAA